UCAUCAACAUGAGUCCAUCAACAAGCUUAAAGGUGCGUUUGCCAGCCUUUGUGUUUGUGCUGGAGGCUGUGAUGAUUGCCCUGUAUGCUGUCUUUGUCACAUAUGAUGAUGAUUCCAACACCAAACUGCAGAACAACGCGACCAACCCCAUGGAAAACUCCAUGUACCGGGACUACCAGUACUUUGCACAUGUGCAGGUGAUGAUCUUCCUGGGCUUUGGCUGUCUCCUGGCCUUCUUCCGCUUCUACGGCUUCAGCGGGAUGGUGUUCAACUUCCUGACAGCCACCUUUGCCAUCCAGUGGGCCAUCCUGAUUCAAGGUUUCUUCCAGUUUUACCAUGACGGUAAAAUCCACCUGGGCAUAAUCAACCUGCUGAAUGCAGAGUUUGCCUGCGCUGUGGUGCUCAUCUCCUUCGGCGCCGUGCUUGGGAAAACCGGUCCUGUUCAGCUUCUUGUCAUGGCUCUUCUGGAAAUUCCUGUUUUCGCUGUCACGGAGUGGGCUGUGCUCAAAUACAUUGGGAUAAACGACGCAGGGGGCAGUAUUCUUAUUCACCUGUUUGCCUGCUACUUUGGGUUGGGUGUAACUUUUGUGCUGUAUCGCCCAAGUUUGAGCAAAGGACACCCUAAAGAAACCACCAGCUAUGAAUCCGACAUGCUGUCUGUGAUGGGGACCCUUUUUCUUUGGGUGUUUUGGCCUUCAUUCAACUCUGCUCUCACAAUCAAAGGCGACGAUCAACACAGAGCUGUGCUCCACACGUUUUUAGGCCUGAGCUCGUCCACCAUCACCGCCUUCGCCCUCUCUGCCAUGUUCAAUAAAAGAGGCAGGCUGACGAUGGCGGAUGUCCAAAACGUGACGCUGGCGGGUGGAGUAACCGUUGGGGCUUCAGUGGACAUGAUGAUCUCUCCAGUAGCUGCCUACGCUCUGGGCAUCAUGGGCUGCACGGCCUGCUUCUUUGGCUACAAGUACCUGACUCCCUUCUUGGCUAAGAGCCUGAGGAUCCAGGACCAGUGUGGCAUUCACAACCUCCACGGACUCACCGGGCUUAUAUCGUCCACUGCAGGGAUCUGCCCCAUCCUCCUGGCCACCGAAGAGACCUACGGACCCAGCAUGUAUGAGAUCUUCUCCCAUCGCGCUCCCCCAGAGGGAGACCCAAAGCUGCUCGAGCUGCAGGUGCUAAUUCCCGGGCUGAAGCCGGGUCUGGGCCGCACCGCUUGGGAGCAAGUGCUCUAUCAGGUUGCAGCCAUCUUCUCCACCAUUUUUGCUGCUACUGUCGGCGGGCUACUGACCGGGCUGAUCAUGAAGCUGCCAUUCAUGGAGUCGCCAUCUGAUGAGAGCUGCUUUGAUGAUCAGCUCUUCUUUGACGUGCCUUCAGACUUCCACAGUCUGGAGGUCCUGGAGACGGUGGAAGUCUUGGAUGGGUCAUUAUAAUAUCAUUUGAUCUUGCAUUUCCUGCAUAGAUAAGACAAAUAAAAAAAGAGCAGUAGUUCUGUUUUUCUAUUUUUUUUUCUUUUUAAAUUAAUCUGUUUUUAUUAAGUUAGCUGUUGGACUUUUCUUCAACAUGUGUUUUUUUCCCAUUUAACUUCUAAGUUAUUUACCUGCUUGCCUAUAUUAUUUAGUUAUUUUUCAUGCAUUCUGUAACGUAUUGGUAAUCAUGCUUUCAUCUUAUCUCCUACUUUUGCACCCAGUGUCUUUUUUUCUGAAGUUUUGCAGCCCUCAGAUCCCACCAUAAAACGUAAAAAAGUCAAAUAAGGGUAUUUGAUUGAAUUGAUACGCUUGACUUUUAUACCCGAAUUCAAUAAAAAAAAAAUCUGUCUUAAAGAACCAGUUUAUAUUUAUUGUCAUAAAUGUAAACACUUCUCUAUGUAAACACACCACCUCUAUGGAAAGAGAAAGGGAACAGUAUAAAUUAAUAACUAAAUAUAAAAUAGAAUAAAUAGAUGUAAAUGUAA